AUGUCUGGUGCAACAGUCAUGGCUACUAGGCUGCGGAAAAGAAGCCAACCCAUGGGGGAGGAUCCUCCUCCCUUUUCCAAUUCAACAGCCUCCGCCUCUGUUCCUACAACUACGCCUUUGUCGACACCUGCAUCUACACCCUCGCCCGGAGACAAUGACUUCAACAUCAAUGUCCAGGAUUCUCAAAUAUGGGGCCCCGUAGGAGACUCCGAGUUCCCAUGGUUCUCUCAUGGGUCAAACACUCCCCGGCAAAGACGUCGACUAUCCAAAACCCGCGAGGAUAGCCUACCUCCGGCACAUUCAGAAUCUUUAACCCGUGAUCCCUCGAAGACUCCAACUAGACAUGGUACACUCUACGGCCCGGCGGUCUCUUCUCGUCCGCCUCCAGAUGUGGUUUUCUCUCCGGUACUCCCUGCCCCAGAGGCCCAAUUUGUGGAGGAAUGGGACCUAAGAAACCCCUUUGAAGACAACGCCGAUGAUACCGAUCGUCUCGUCUUGGGCAAAAGUCGUAUUCAGGCCGGUGCUAUUGUUGAUGGAUACAUCAAGUUCCACAAUGGCAAGUCAGAGACCGCCAACCUACCGCGCCGACAAAGGAGACAACAAUCCGAUCCCCAGGCUCUUCUGGCAGAAUUAAGUUCUCAAACGUUCUUGCUCGAAGCUGGCCUCGAGGAAAGUUGUGACAAGAAACUCUUCCAGUUUUACAUCAAGGCAUGGUGUUCCGGUCGAAGUGUCCUCCACAGAACCAACUGCUGGCUAGUCAACGUUCCCAGGAUAAUGAAGGACAGCUCCUGUGUCAAACAUGCAAUGCUGGCGCUUGCUGGAACAUAUGUGCUUGAUUACCAGCCUGAGGAGAGCAUUCGAAAGGCAGCCAAUGCGCAUUAUAAACGAGCUGCCAUGCUCUUGACAAUGGCAUUGAGAGAGGCCCGAAAUCAUGUUUCCACGGAACGCGAGGCAAACUGCCUCAUUGCCGCCGUGACCCUUCUAAACAUGAUUGAUGUUGUGUCUCCGGAACAGCGUCGGCCGCCAAGUGCGGUUCCUCGUUGGCUAGAAGGUGCUCGCCUCGCCUGUCGAUUACUAGACGCGACAGAUCCGGGCCAUCGAUACUGGAAUGCCGUCAAUAUCCAACCUUCUGAGACGCAGAUGGGCAACAUGAUCAUCGCCGGCAGAGCAGCUAUCCUGGCCCUCCCCAUGGCUCCCCUCGAUUCGCGCAAUACGGAAAAGCGCCAGUUUGCCUGGCUGCUUCAGGGCUCUGAGCUGGAUGCGCACAGGAUACACGGCGGAUGCGGCAUGUCGCCGACACUCCUUCAUCAUUUCUCCAUAAUCACACAUUUGGCAGCAUGGCUGUGGGAGGACCCCGAUAACAACGGAUUCUACAUGAACCCGGGCGUCAAAACACUCCACGAGAAACUUAGUAAACUACGCCAGUGGACUCAGCCCGCAUCCGAGUCUCCGUCCCCUUCAGCCACAUCACGGUCAGAUCAAUCCCGGGAUAUCUCGGAUCCAAGCUCUCUCUUAGACAAUAUUAAGCGAAAUGAGUACGGCCUGAUAACUGACGCAGAAUCCAUGACAGAGGUAACGGCGGAAGCGUGGCGUCUGGCAGCCAUCAUCUAUCUGCGUUGCCGCCUUGAGAGGCUACCUCGUUCUCACCCAAACGUCGUAUCCGAGGUUUUGCAGCUAGUCAAGUGUGUACGCAUGAUGCCAACGUAUGGCACUUUCUUCACUGCACAAGCACCCUUCUUUCCGGUCUUCCUCCUCGGCAUUGUAGCCACGCAAGAGGCACACAGCCUCUGUGCCCUGAAGUGGUUUGAAUCGGUUGUCAGUACCGGUUGUCGCUCGAGCGUCCCCCCUGCGUUCAAGUCACUCCUGCGUAUCCGUGAGUGGAUAGCAGCCAGUCUUGAUGACAGCAAUCCUUCCGAACUUGCUGUCCAAAUUCAAGAACGAGCCCCCUGGUGGGAGACACUCGUGGCGCACAUUGCCUCUACCGAAGGAACUCUGUGCUUGAUCUAG